AUGGAAAAUCUACUUAUUUCAGACGAGAACUUGACAGGUCUCCAAGCGAAAGUCGUCUUGAUCACUGGUGGUGCCUCUGGGAUUGGAAGAGCCACUGCACAACUCUGUCUUGACCUGGGCGCAUAUGUCGUAAUCGGUGAUUUGAAUUCUCCAAAGACUCCAUUUGAAAACGCCAAAAACCUCAAGUUCGUGCAAACCAAUGUAGCACAGUGGGAAAGUCUUCGGAAUCUAUUCAUCGAGGCAGAAAAAUGGUUCGGUCGCAUUGACCAUGUAUUCGCUGGCGCGGGGCUUAGUAUGACUCCUGAUUUCAUGGAGGUGAAGCUCGAUGAGAAUGGCCUCCUGCUACCUCCAAAUACCCAAACAGUCGAUGUGAACUUCACUGGCUCACUCAAUACCGCCCAUCUUGCAAUCGCCUAUAUGACCCAACUGGCCAAAAUUAAAACAACCGGCACGGGAAGCAUUGUGCUUAUUGCUUCUGCGGCUGCAUUCCAGAACUUCCCAGCCACAGACUAUGCAGUGUCCAAGCACGGCGUGGUCGGUAUGGUUCGUGGCCUCUCUGGUAAGAUGAAGGGGCAAGUCCGUGUCAACUGUGUUGCCCCUUCAUGGACAGACACGGAAUUUCUUACUGCUUUCGUAGCUGUCCUCAAAAAGGUUGGUGCUCCUCUCCAAACCCCAGAAGCGGUUGCUCGGAGCGUUGCUCUGUUAUUUGCAGAUCAGCAACGUACCGGGGAUAUAAUAUAUAGCUGGGGAGGAAAUUACAGAGAGAUCAAUAAUCAGGAAGGGGGACUUCUGGACCAUGCCUUGAAGCUUAUGUCUCUUCCAGAGAAAGCGGAGGGUUUUGUGGAGAAGCUCAUGGAAUUUCAGCGAAAACACCUCGAAAAGCAAUCGUCGUGA